AUGCCAGUGGAACUCAGGCACUCGGUUUCGCCCAAAAUCAUGAAAGAAUUUUCACGCUUGUGGCCACUGCCGCGAUCGCUGCAACCUGCCACAUCAUUCGUUGAACGCAUGAAUGAAACCCAUGAUCUCGCCAAUAUAAACUACGCGAUAACAAGCUGGGAUAUUCUUGCACAGCUUAUGAAAGUGACUCAUUCAUUACAUGUUGAAUAUUUGGGUGGUCUCGCCACGUCACUCGUGUUGCGCAACGAACAUUUCAGAGACGUCGAUGACAUUGCAGCGGUGAUUGUGGCCAUCGACGAAAUAUUAAGACCAGUAGAAGACAGCGAUCCUAAAAGGCUUGUCUUUAUGCAUGAACUUGGCACCUUGCUUUUACAGCAUUUUGAGCGGCUCGCCGACAUUUCUGAUAUCGACGAGUCGAUCCCGGCGAUGGAAGGUCUAGUACGGCUCACUCCAGACGAUCAUUCCGACAAGUGCUUGGGCGACCCCAUCGACAUCGAUAGAUUGAUUUUGGUGACGGAAUACGUAGUUCGGCUUACCCCAGAUGAUCAUCCUCACAAGGCCAGCGCACUGCGCAACUUUGGUAGUUCACUGCUGACUCGCUUCAAACGCCUGGGCAAUCUCACGGAUAUUGACAAAGCAAUUACAGUGCUGGACGAUGCAUACGACAUCGAUGUGUUGAUCAAAGUCGGAGACAACGUCAAUCUUCACAAUUUGCGCGAGACGCUCUCACUAUUGGACGCGCACUUUGCAUCUGCAGGGAUCAAAUUCUACUUCGUGCAAGAUCCGCUGAACGAUGCACAAGGCGACGUCCUCAAACAGCUGCAGAUGCGGAAGAAUAACGUGGUCAUCGAGACGCUGCAAGCAGGCACCCUUGGCCUGCCCCAGAAUCCCGAGCCGCGGUUCAUCAUUGAGCGUGACGGAUGCUCAAUCCCAAUCCUCCGCCCAUCAGUGCUCAUCCUGACCAAAAUGAAGCGCUGGUCCCAUAACUGUGAUUCGAUGCGGCCGAAGACGGUACAGAAGAACGCCUCCGAUAAGGCUGACAUCGAUUUCCUAGUCCGCUGGCUUGCUGAGUACGGCAUGAUGAUUGAGUUUGAGCUGUACGAGGGCAAAUCGAAGGACCAGCUGCUCGACUUCGUCAGGCAGUUCCGCAACCGGUUCGCGGAGGACGAGGAACUCAUGGCAGAUCUGAAGAAGACACUCAACCCCCACGACUGGGAGCUCCUAUGA